AUGAAGGUUACAAUUUCCUAUCCAAGUGGGAAAAGGACAGAGCUAAUUGUAAAUGAAAUCCACACAAAAAUUUGUAAAGCCAUAUUUAAAUCGGAAAAUGUUGAAAAGGCUAUCCUUGAUAUAUUAGUUAAUUCCAACCCAGACGAUGUUGUUACAGCUGCAGCUAAAGUUGUGAAGUCAGAAUCCAAAAAGCUGUGUAAAAGGCAUUCAGGAUCUGUGCUACAGAAAAGGGACCACCAGAGUUUUAUGACAUUUACAUGGGAUAAAUUCCAUAAAGAAUUAGAAAUAAGAGCUCCAAAUGUGAUUAAAGUGGUUUCAGCCAUAGUUAGUGACAUACCAUUGACGCCAAGUGACAAGAAACAUAUGAACUUAUUGCAUACAAUCGCUUCUGGGUUUCACGGCCGAAAUCAAGAGAUGUCUAUGCUUCAUUACUGCAUUGCAUUUGUACUUGUCCAUGGUGGAUGUACACUUAGGGACAUUCAACGACUUUCCAAAAUUGGACUCUGUGUUAGCCCUGGCUCUGUACAUAAUAAGCUGACAUCUUGGAUAGACAAUUUAGAUGAAGACAUACUUAAAAUGAAGGAAGGAUGGGCAAGAGGAGAAAAUGUGAAGUAUCAGUUGGUUGGUGACAAUUGGGACAGGAACAUCCUUCCUGCAUUUAGAACAUCACAGCAGAAGACACUUUCCCUACAUUUAUUUAAUGUUGUGGCUGUUGUUGACAGGGUAAUUCCCACUCAAACAGGACAUGCAGGAAAUGAUGUAGAGCCUGAUCUUGAUAUAGAGAAAUUUCUGCCAUCAGUAGAGGAACAGCAAAUCUUGAUGGAUGAACUUGUGUUUAUUUUCGCUACCUCCAUUAUCAUGAACAUUCCUCAAAUGAAAAAAGAGUUCUACAAAGUUUACCCUAAACAUAAGACACAUGAUUAUAGUGCACAGGCAGGAAUGAAAACAAAACAGUAUCCACUUGGAUUAUUUGACACCAAUGAGACAAAAACAGCUGAGGUAAUACACCUUCUUAGAGAUCUGCAGACAAAAUAUGUACCAUACCAUGAUGAGGAAAUAGUUGAACCUGUCUUUUUUGGGGGAGAUAGGUUGACAGAUGAACGAAUCCAAUGCACCCAACAAGCAAUGUUAAAUGAAGAAACAAAAACAUCGCGACUUGAAGGCUUCAUUUCCAAAAUAGAAGAUUUUCAUCGCCUCAUGAAUUUUUUAGAGGCAAUCUGCAGGCUUACAUACAACAUAGACUCAGCUGGAGACAGAGGGACUGCACACUAUUUCAGGAAUCUCCUUAAUGCCAGGAAUGUGAAGGGUGAAGUCCGUAAUGCAUACCGACUAUACAGACUCUUAUAUUAUACAAUUUUGGAUGCUAUGAGUUGUGUUUUAUUUCUUCAAAAAUUUGACAAAGGCUUUGAUGACCAAAUACCAUUACCAGAUGGUUUUUCAAAUUUUUCAUCCGAUGAAAAAAUCAACUGGCUUAAUAAUAUAUGCAAGGACAUUUUAGAGACAAAUUUCUUUGAGUCUGACAAUGACAUAAUGAAAGAGUUGAGAGAAAUAUUAACAGAUGACACUCAUCCUGAGAACUAUUACCUUUCCAACAUAAAUGAAGGCGACGGCAGAGUAAAAUGUCAUUAUUGUGAAAAAACAUAUGCAUAUGUUGGUUCUCUUAAAGCUCAUGAGGAAAGUGUUCAUAAUGCAAAACCUCCGCCUAUAAAAAGUGCUAAUACUAAAGUAAAUGAUGAAGUUGGACACUACUGUCGUCUUCUUUUUAAACUGACAUUGCUUCACAAGAAUUUGGAUUCAGCAGUUGAUAUGGCUGACGGUAAACGCAGUGUUCGUUCUGCAAAAUAUGAAUUACCAAUAUAUGUGAAAACACAUAAAACCAAAUAUGCUAUUGGUUCAAUCCAUUUAAUCGCUUUAAAAGAGGGAAUUUUGAAAAGCGAUCAGCAAGAGCGAUUUAUUGCAAAUAGGUGUAUUAAUCUACAGGGAGGAAAAAAUAAUAAUAUGGCACUAGAUGAGUAUGUGGAAUUAUUAAACAGAUAUACCAAAAAUGCCAGCUCUGGUUUUCAGACUAAAGAAAGUAUAAUCCUCCACUCCAAAGAAUUUCCAAACAUCAUAAAUUUUGUGCAACAUUUCGAUUCAUUCUGUAACGUGUCUGUUCGAAAGGGAUUUCAUCAUCUUCCCUCAUAUGCUGAAGAUGUGAAAAAAAUAGUAAAUGAACUUAUUGAUAUGAAGGCAUUCAGUUGUGUAGAGGACAGAAAACUCAAAUGCAAGACUGUAAUAGUAAACAAAGAUAUAUUUGAUGAUUGCUUUAAAAUUUUUGGUACUCUUGUUCAAAGACACAAACCAAUAGUUGCAUUUCAUCGUCUUAGAAAUAAACACAUUUAAUGUUUAA